AGAUAAAAGAAACCUUUUGAGUGGGGGAUACUGUGCGAAAAAUGCCGUCCCUCUCCAAAUCGGCAUCCUCUCCGCAACCACUCUUCCAUCACGACAAUUCCGACGCAGAGCGACGCCUUCGCGAGGCAGAGGAACGCCUCCGCGAGGCAAUAGAGGAUCUGCACCGUAGAAACGCGGUGCAUGGUCCUUAUCCUCCUUGCGAUCACGGACCUGAUGAGUCCUGUGCCGCUCAUGCAAUUGGUAAUCUCUGUCAAAGCUUCCUUCUUUCUUAUGGUGUUCGCGUCGGUAUCGGCAUUUUGCUUCGUGCUUUCAAGCUUGCUAAAGGACAUUCUUACUCUUCUCUUCUCGACCUCAAGCAACUUGUCUCGGAGAAGGAUUUAAUAGUGAGAGAGGAGGCUUGUCGUGUUGGGUUACUUUUUGGUGGAUUUACUGGAUCAUAUCAUGCACUGAGAUGCUUUUUGAGGAAGUUUAGAAGGAAAGAAACGCCAAUUAAUGCAUUUUUAGCAGGUUCGGUUGCAGGGUUGUCUGUUUUAGCAUUAGAUGAUUCAAACCGGAGACGUACACUUGCUCUUUACCUCUUGGCUAGGGUAGCUCAGUCUGCUUAUAAUUCUGCAAAAUCUAAAAACAAGUUUCAUCUUUGGGGAAGUCAUUGGAGACAUGGAGAUGCUUUGCUCUUUGCACUUGCUUGUGCCCAGGUUAUGUAUGCCUUUAUAAUGCGCCCUGAGAGCUUGCCAAAAGCAUAUCAAGACUUCAUUCAGAAGACUGGACCAGUUCAAGCGCCUGUAUACAAGGCUGUAAAAGAAACUUGUAGAGGUGGCCCAGUGGAUGUUGCCUCAUUGUCAGCUUUUUUGUCUCGCAGAGGGAAACUGGACUCUGUGAAGUUGGAAGAAUUCCCUUCAAUUAUUCCUUGUUCUGUUGUUCAUCCGGGCACAAAUUCAUGCUUAGCUCAGAAUGCUAAUGCAGCAUCAGCAACGUUCAGGAAAACAUUUCCACUUUACUUCUCACUGACUUUUGUACCUUAUGUUGUUCUGCACCUGCAGAAGUUCAUGGAUGCUCCUGCUCGGACAUGUUGGCUUGCUCUUAGAGAUGCUGUUCGCUCAACGACAUUCUUAUCUGCAUUUGUUGGAAUUUUUCAGGGGGUGAUAUGCCUUCAUCGAAAAAUAUCGACAAGAGACCACAAACUUGUAUAUUGGAUCGCAGGUGGAAUAUCUGCCCUUUCUGUCCUACUGGAGAAAAAAUCUAGACGUGCUGAACUUGCCUUGUAUGUUCUUCCAAGGGCUGGAGAUUCACUGUGGUAUAUUUUAGUGAACCACCACCUGCUUCCAAACAUUAAGAACGCUGAGGUGGCCCUAUUUUGUGCAUGCAUGGGAGGAGUUAUGUAUUACUUGGAACAUGAACCAGACACCAUGGCUCCAUUCUUGAGAGGCCUGAUCCGACGCUUCCUUGCUAGUAGAAUAAGCAAUCCGGGUGGUCCAUCGAGUCGGAGUGCUUCUUACACGUAUUUACAGACUCUUGAUGCCAUCAAGAAGCCAAAAUUACAGGAAAGUAGAGAGGCUGAAGCUUCAACUUCUCAGGAAUACAAUCUUGAAUCCAUUGAAGGGCUCUAAUCUUCUCCGGUGGCCCAUUAUUCUUUCAUGAUUCAAUUCAAGCAUUUGUUAUAAAGCAGACGCUUUCUGCCCAAUAUAUUAGAAUAAAUUGCAAGGGGAUUAAUGAUAUUCGAUGUCUUGGAGUUAUGAUCCACUUGCAUGUACCGAGAGUAGAUUGUGGUUUCAUCUAGAUACAGGCAUUGUUGUCCUUGUAAGGCCUUUCCCUUCAGAGAGCUUGUCGAGGAAUAGAAAAUGAAGUUAGGGAGCAACUUGUAAUGAUUCUGGUAACGAAUUUCCUAUUGUAAAUAAAACACUCCCUCCUCGCGCUUUCUCUUUUCUGUGCUUGAACAUUUUCUGUAAUCUCAACAUUGAAAUGACCAUCAGUAAUUCAAUUUGCUUUAUGUCAAUUUGGUGGUU